AUUAACGCAUUGGUUAAAUCAUGGACUUUUUUACGGUUCCCAAAAAGAUAAAUCGUAAUGUUCUCAAGGCUCUCAGCAUCCUCCAAUCGUCUCGAACCGAUUUUGCGCGCUUAAAUGAUAUCACUCGCCAGGUGAAGUUCCAAAUGCGCAACUGCGUUCCGGUCGCCAAUAUAGAAGACGUCGUAAAGGAGUCCCUGUGCACCUUGGCCAAGCUGGGCAUUCUAAUGCGGCUUGGAGUGUCCAAAUAUGCUCUUUCCUAUCCAGUUUUCUGCCGCUUGGGAAGGGCCCUGCCCAAUCCGAACACCAAUGUGCCGGGUAAUCCCGGCAAGCCUUUACGCCGGGCAGUGCAGGAUGCUCGUCGAAAGAAGAGUAAUGGACACUUGGACCCAUGGAAGCCGGCCACCAAGCUAAUAAGUGAGGAAUCCCUUUCUGGGGAUGAGAUGGACAAGAUUCGUAAAAGAAUGCGCACCAACACCAAGCGCAUUCAGAAGAAGAAGAGGGAAGUCGCCCAUCCCCAACCAGGCCCCAAGCAGGUGCAGAAAGAAGAACCGGAUGUCCCGGCGGAGGUUGAUUUUGUGAUCAGGGAUCCAAGACCACUUUUCGGCCCUUCAGGAUCCACUACACCAGAUACCCCAGUUCCGAGUGGUUCAAUCAGUGGCCAACGCAAACGUUCACCCCCAAGGAAGUAUUCACAACUCAACGCCCAUAUCCCAGUUGUGUCAGAAACGUCUUUGCGCGCCGGAAGUUUUAAUGCGCGAGUUUCUCAGGAUAUGGCGGCUGGCGUUUGUCGUCAUGGGUUCUCAAUAACUCCCAGGAACCUAAGCAGAACGUCGGCAAUUAAUAUCAAACAGGAUCUAAAUGAGGUAAAUGAGGUUGGGGGAUCUGAUCCUAUCGCCGUGGAUGUGAGGUCAGCCGGGUACACCUCUGGCCUGGAACCAAAUGUGGAAAAUGCCUCCCUAAUUGGGCUCUGCGGCAGUCCUCUUAGCUUGCUCCCGGAAGUCGAUGAAUACGUAAUGCAAUCGUUAGUCAUGGAUGAAGAUCCUUUACCUUAUUUACGUGGAGCUCUAAUACCCCUCGAAGAGCAAAAUAAAAUAUGUCAAGUUCCCGUAUCCACGCCUCGAGAACCGAGCCCCCAAGAAUUCCAGCAAAUCGAUGUCUUACACGAGCCAAAGCGCACCAUUCAAGGGGCACCAAACGCAGACAUGCUAGAAGUCCCAAAUACCAUUUUCGAAAACGCUGAGAAUAAACCAUGUCAAGAUCAUAUUCCUUAUUCAGAAGAUUACAAUGCACAUCCUUUAAACAGGUCUAUUUCUAACGGAUUUGUAACUUCUGUUUCCCAAGACAACCCACUUUCGACCGAUGGACAAGUCAAAAUUUCGCAGUCGCUCAAUAUUGAAACUCAACGUUUGUCAAUCUUAGAAAAGUUGAGUCGCAGCGCAUCUGAAUUUGACUUUUAUAAAUGAUUUUUAAAUUAAUAAAACCAAUCGAGUGUCCGCGCCCACAUUGAA